UCUAACUGUUGGUCCCUUUUGGUCAGUCGUGGUAGUGAAAGGCUAGUCUAGAGAAACACGCCCAGUAAUAGAGCUGGGGGCAGAUUACAGCAAGUUUGUAAAUUAGUUUAGUUGCAGAAUAAUAAGUAUAAUGGCGACUGACUCCUGGGCCCUGGCAGUCGAUGAACAAGAGGCUGCAGCUGAAUCCAUUGGAUCACUGCAGAUCAAAGAGAAGCGAGAAUCCGUCAAUGGAACGGUGAAACCAGGAGAAGAUGGCGACAAAGCUGAUGAAGAGGAGAAAGAGGAUAGGGCAGCUCAGUCAUUACUGAAUAAACUUAUCCGAAGUAAUCUUGUGAAUACAACCAACCAAGUUGAAGUUCUUCAGAGAGAUCCCAACUCUCCAUUGUACUCUGUAAAAUCAUUUGAAGAGCUACGUCUAAAGCCUCAGCUGCUUCAGGGAGUUUAUGCUAUGGGCUUCAACAGGCCUUCCAAAAUCCAAGAGAAUGCCUUGCCAAUGAUGCUUGCUGAACCACCUCAAAACUUGAUUGCCCAAUCCCAGUCUGGUACAGGUAAAACAGCAGCCUUUGUGCUAGCCAUGCUAAGCCAUGUUGACCCAGCUAACAAGUGGACUCAGUGUCUGUGUGUCUCGCCAACUUACGAACUAGCCUUGCAGACUGGCAAAGUCAUUGAGCAAAUGGGACAGUUCUAUCCUGAAGUGAAACUUGCUUAUGCUAUUCGAGGCAAUAGAAUGGAACGAGGACAGAAGAUAGAAGAGCAGAUAGUCAUUGGUACCCCUGGUACUGUGCUGGACUGGUGCUUGAAACUCAAGUUCAUUGACCCAAAGAAGAUCAACGUUUUUGUACUGGAUGAAGCAGAUGUCAUGAUUGCCACACAAGGCCACCAAGAUCAAAGCAUUCGCAUCCAGAGAAUGCUAUCAAAGGAUUGCCAGAUGUUGCUGUUCUCUGCCACCUUUGAGGACUCCGUCUGGAGGUUUGCAGAGAGGAUUGUCCCAGAUCCCAACAUCAUAAAGCUCAAACGUGAGGAGGAGACCUUAGACACCAUAAAGCAGUACUAUGUGCUGUGCAGCAAUAAGGAGGAGAAGUUCUCUGCCCUCUGCAACAUCUACGGGGCUAUUACCAUCGCACAGGCCAUGAUCUUUUGCCAUACCCGUAAGACAGCGAGCUGGCUUGCAGGACAGCUGUCAAAAGAGGGCCAUCAGGUGGCACUGCUCAGUGGAGAGAUGACUGUGGAACAGAGGGCUGCAGUCAUCGAGCGUUUCAGACAAGGAAAGGAGAAAGUCCUUGUCACAACCAACGUGUGUGCUAGAGGUAUUGAUGUGGAACAGGUGUCUGUAGUGAUCAACUUCGACCUCCCCGUGGACAAAGAUGGCAAUCCAGACAAUGAGACAUAUUUGCACAGAAUUGGGCGUACAGGACGAUUUGGCAAAAGGGGCCUGGCAGUCAACAUGGUUGAUAGCAAACACAGCAUGAACAUUCUCAAAGAAAUCCAAGAUCACUUCAGUAAGAAGAUUGAGAAAUUGGACACAGACGAUCUUGACGAAAUUGAGAAAAUCGCCAACUAAGGAUACAGAGGUGCAGCUCUACCACUCUUGCAUUUAUUGAACGCUAUGUAUGCAGUUACCUCACAUCAGACUGCUUUUUGACUACUAAGUAAUAUGAGGGCUCUAUCUUUUUGCAUGGGACAGAGGGGCAAAAUAUGUUUACAUAAAAUGAAAUUAGGUCUUAACCUUUUGAAUAAGGAAUUUGUUUUAAAGAGCAGGUCAGCUUCUGUAUGAUGCCAAAUAGUUGAGUUUGGGUUCUGGUUCUCUGCUUUUUUUUUUCUCCUCGUGUUUUAAUUUGCUUUGGAAGUGUUUUUAUAGACUGCAGAUGCUGAUCCCGUGCUAACUAAAAUAGUCUACUGGUCUGGCAGACUCCUGGGGAGCAGGUAUAUGUAGCCAUUAUGAUGGAAGGCAACAUUUACAUUGCUGGAAUAACGUGUUUCUUGUUAUUUGUAUUGUUUUGCACUUUGUGAGCAUGUUACCUCUUGUGUGUGAAAUGGUAGUCCUGUGGGACAACCUGAAGCACUCUAACUGGACAUGGGAGUAAAAUUGAAACUGUGCCUAGUUUAUUUCUUUGGGAAGUUGACAUAAUCUCUGAAGUUUAAUUAAAUAUGAGUACUUUCAACAGAACCCUGGUGUUAAGUAAAACUCAUAUCAUUAUUCCAUACUAACCUCAUCAUCUACUCGGUUCAGAGGCACAGUAUAAAAUAUGUACAUUCCUUUAAGGCUGUCACAAUUUUUUCCUUCUGACAGUUAACCUUGUUUCUGGCACAAUUUAAGGUUCUUCAAGGAACUCCUUUAAUCAUAAUUUGGAAAGUUUUAUGCAAAUCUCAUCUCGCCAAGCGAGAUAUGGGUUUAGUGGGGUAAAGGAAGAAAGGAUUAAAUUGUUAAUCUGUGAAAUAAUAACUAUGUUCCGUUUUGUUCAAUGACCAAAUGUUUGACAAGUUUUUGAGUUCUGUUAGGACUGUGAAUUUAUGUUCCUUGCAAUAUUGGCUAGCAUAUUCUGUUCAUAGACAGGAAGUCAGGCACUUUUACCAAGUAAAAAUAGCAUUAUUAUUACUAUUCAGAUGUACCUAAAGUGUUAGGAAAGAUUAGAAUUGUGAGAUUUGUUUUUGAAGAAAUAAUUAUAUCUAGAAAAAACACCUUCAAAAUGUGUUUUGACUUUUUGUACUGCAGUUAGUGUGCAUAUUAUGUUUGGAUUGUGAAUGCAUACAAACUAUUUUGAAGAUGCUGCAAAUGCUGUUGAACUGCAAUGCUAAAAAAAAAAACAAAUGAAGCACUACAUAGAUUAUACACAUUAAACCAUCAAAUCACAGCUCCUAAAAACGUUUUCCAUGGCUGGGUUUAUGGUUUUAUGCUAAUUUCUUAUCAUUAUUGUAAUAAAGAAUGCUUAAUGGCA